CGUGGCGCGCGCGCGGCAGGCGGGGGGCGGCACGGGCACGGCGGCGCCUGGCGCGGUGGCCUUCCCCGAGGACGCGGGGGCCGAGGCGGAGGUGCAGGCCGUCGCCCUCGGCGGCGACCACUCCGCCGCCCUGGCGGGGGGCCGGGCCUACCGCUGGGGGCUCUUCUGCCCCGCGGCGGCCGCCCGGAGGCGGGCCGCGGAGGCGCCCGGCCUUGGCGGCGCCGCCGGCGCGGGCGCGGAGGGAGGCCGGGGGACCUCCGCGGUGGUGCCCACGCCCACGCUCCUGCGCGCCGCGGGCGGCGCGCCGCUGAGGGCCGUGGCCUGCGGGGGGUCCAACACCUUCCUGCUCCGCGAGGGCGGCGAGGUCCUGCUGCUGGGCGACCUCCGCCCCGCCUUCGGCGGCGACGACGACGACGAUGUCGGCGCCGCCCGCCCGCUCUGGAGCCCCGGGCUGCGAGGCGCGCCCGCCGUGGCCCAGGUGGCCGCCGGCUGGCGGCACUGCCUGCUGCUCACCGAGUGCGGCCUCGUGUUCGCCAUCGGCGACGACGACCACGGGCAGUGCGCCGGGGCCGGCCGCGGCCAGGCCGCGCUUGCGCUGGCGGGCCGCGCGGGGGCGCGCGCGUGCGGGGUGGCCGCGGGGGCGUGCCAUUCGGUGGCGUGGUGCCUGUGUGGGUCCGCCUUCGCCUGGGGGCAUGGCGGCAGCGGGCGCCUCGGGCUCGGGGACGCGCGCGGCCGCCGCGAGCCGGCGCUGGUCGAUCUCCCGGAGGCCGUGUGCCAGGCGGCGUGCGGGGCCAACUUCACACUCUUCCUGACCGGGCAGGGCGGAGCCUUGUGGGCGUGCGGCGGGAACCAGCAUGGGCAGCUCGGCCUGGGCGCCGACCUGGAACCCAGGGAGGGGCCCGAGCGCCUGGACCUGCCGCGCCCGGGCGAGGUGGUGGCCUCCAUCGCCUGCGGGGACAGCCACACCGUCUGCCUCACGCGCCCAGCGGUGGGCCCUGGCUCUGCAGCACCGCGGCUGAUCGCCUGGGCGUGGGGGUGCGCGAGCUCUGGCCAGUGCGGGCGCGCAGCGGGAGAGGAGGGCGCGACUCACCCGCGUGCGCUGCGCCGGUGCGCCCCAGAGCCGAUCUUCGACUUCGUCGCCCCGUCGCCACACUGGCCGCUGGCCGUGGCGGCCGGCCGCGCGCACUCGGCCGUGCUGGCGUGCGCACGGCCAGAGCUGCCCGAGGAGUGCUCGCUUGCCAAGGGGGGAGGCGCCGCCCAUGCGGCGUGCGCGUGCGCACCUGCCGCGCAGCUGGCGGCCGCACGGCCUUCUCCGGCGCCGCUUUCGGGGCUGGGGCCGGGGCCGGGGCCGGGGCUGGCGUCGGCGUCAGGGCCGAAGCCAGAGGCGGCACCAGCGCGGGGAGUAGGGCCGGGGGCGGGGCUGGCGCCGGCUUUGGGGCAAGCUUCAGCGCCAGCCUUCAUGCCAGCCGCGGAGCCGAGGCCACAGGCGUGGUCGGCGGCCCUCGCCGAGGUCCCGCGCACGCCCUGCCGCGCGGCCCCGUCGGAGCUGAGCUCGCCAACCGCCGCUGCCUCGAGGGCAACGGCGGCACGCGCUGCGCCUCGGCCCACCGGCCGCACGAUGGCGGCCAGCAGCAGCGCUCCAUCCCUGCGCCGCGCGUGGUCGCCCCGGCGCGGCCGCGGCACAGAGGACGAGGAGGAGGUCAUCAACGCCUUCUGCGAGUCGAUCGCGCCCGCCUUCGCCCUGAGCCCCCAGAACGCCGCCGGCACGCUCCGGCAGGCGCGGCACCGCGGCGCGCCGUGCGCUGCCCGCGCCCAGCCCAGCGCCCCCGCGCGCCGCGGCGCGCCGAGGAGCGCCGUGG